CCAUCGUAUUUCUUCUGGGUUUUGCACAAGCAUUUGGAUCCUCUUGACUUUGUCCUUCAGUGGAACUUGUUGCAGUGGAAACUUGGUCCUGACUUGAGCUGUGAGGAUGUCUGCCUGGACCAGAGGGGCUGCUGUGGGUCUGCUGCUGCAGCAGCUGGUGCUCACAGUCACUGCUCAAGGCAUCGUCUAUGACCUGCUGGUGUCUCCUGACUGCCUGCCAGACCUGCUCCAGGGAAGCUUAAAAAACAAGGGGCGGGAUGAGGCGUUCCUCCUGUCCUCCUUCAAGCUGCACAACAAGGCUCCCACCUCCCUCUUCAGUAUUAUCAAUCCUCGGGACAACUCCAAAUACAUUGAGCUGAGUGUGCAAGCCAAGCUAAACAAAUUAAUUUUACGGUACCAGAAGACUGAUGGCAGAUUUGCUACCACUAGUUUUACUCAUCCGUCUCUAGCUGAUGGAAGAGAGCACCACGUGAUGCUUCAUGCCUCUGGUCUUCAGCAAGGCCCCCCUCGCCUCAGCAUCUAUGUGGACUGUAGACUGGUGCACACUGUGGAUGAUGUACCGGCUGCAUUUGGCUCUCUUCAGCCGGGCCCAAAUAAAGUGGCUCUCAGGACCUUACAGUCAAGUGGACAGGAUGUGCUGACAGACUUGAAGCUGGUGAUAGAGGAUACUGUUGAGAAUGUGGCCACUUUGCAAAACUGUCAUUUUGGUCAUGGUGAAUCUCUGCAACUGCUGAGUUUUCAAGAAACCAGGUCAGUACCAGACCAAACCUCAAUCUUGGAGCUAAAGAAAAUGCUUUUGGAGAUGAAGGAACUCCUUAAUCAGCAGAUCAAGGAGACCACUUUUUUGAGGAACACCAUAACAGAAUGCCUUGCCUGUGGCUUUGAGGGCAGUCCCACCACACCCAAACCUAACCAACCACCAGAACGGUUCUACAUGAAACCUGACCCUCAGCAUUUGAAACAAUGUCCUCCUGGGACCUGCUUCAGACAGGACAUGUGCAUCCCCACAGAGGCUGGGGGCUGGAGGUGCGCCCCCUGCCCUGAUGGCUUCACUGGAGAUGGUGUGCGCUGUGAUGAUGUGGAUGAGUGCCAGUUUCAACCGUGCUUCCCUGGUGUGAGGUGUGUGAACACUGCCCCGGGGUUUCGUUGUGAGAAAUGUCCACUGGGAUACACUGGGCCUGAGCUCACAGGAGUCGGUGUCUCGUACGCACAAACGCACAAGCAGGUGUGUGAUGAUAUCAAUGAGUGUCUGGGACCACCUGAAAAUGGGGGCUGUGCGCCUAACUCACAUUGCCACAACACUGAGGGCUCCUUCUACUGUGGAGAGUGUAAACCAGGAUUCAUUGGGGACCAAAACAGGGGCUGUCAGGGGACUAGACUCUGCCCCAAUGGUUUACCAAGUCCUUGUGCUGCCAAUGCUGACUGUGUGUUGGAGAGAGAUGGCACUAUAAGCUGUGUGUGUGGUGUUGGAUGGGCAGGCAAUGGUUAUGUGUGUGGAAAAGACACUGAUAUUGAUGGCUACCCUGAUGAUAAGCUGCCCUGCCGCGAAGAAAAGUGUAAAAAGGACAAUUGUGUAUUUGUGCCCAACUCGGGACAAGAAGAUGCGGAUCGGAACGGGGUGGGAGAUGCCUGUGAUGAUGAUGCUGACAGAGAUGGCAUUGUGAACUUAGAAGAUAACUGCUGGCUCGUACCGAAUGUGAACCAAAAAAACAGCGACAAAGAUCUCCAUGGCGAUGCAUGUGACAACUGUGUAAACGUGGACAAUCCAUCACAGAAGGAUACAGAUCAGGAUGGUCUGGGGGAUGAGUGUGAUGACGACAUGGAUGGGGACGGUUUAAGGAACAACGUUGACAACUGUCCACGAGUCCCCAAUCCAGACCAGAGGGACAGAGACAGAGACAGAGUGGGGGACGCCUGUGACAGCUGUCCAGAUAUGUUCAACCCAAACCAGUCCGACACUGACAAUGAUCUCAUUGGAGACAGCUGUGAUGACAACAUAGACAGUGAUGGGGAUGGGCACCAGGACUCAAAGGACAACUGUCCCAGCAUCAUUAACUCAUCCCAACUUGACACUGACAAAGAUGGAAUGGGAGAUGAGUGUGAUGACGAUGAUGACAAUGAUGGUAUUGUGGAUGGAGAUGACAACUGUAGAUUGGUGCCUAACCCUGAUCAGCGGGACACGGACAAUGAUGGAGUGGGAGAUGCAUGCCAGGGAGAUUUUGACAAAGAUAAUGUUAUUGAUAAGAUUGAUCACUGCCCAGAGAACGCUGAGGUGACCCUUACGGACUUCAGGGCCUAUCAAACGGUUGUGUUGGAUCCAGAGGGCGACUCUCAGAUUGACCCGAACUGGGUUGUCCUUAACCAGGGAAUGGAGAUUGUUCAAACCAUGAACUCUGACCCUGGCCUUGCUGUAGGUUAUACAGCUUUCAGUGGAGUUGACUUCGAGGGAACAUUCCAUGUAAACACAGUGACAGAUGACGAUUACGCUGGCUUCAUCUUUGGAUAUCAGGACUCCUCCUCCUUCUAUGUGGUGAUGUGGAAACAGACUGAACAAACCUACUGGCAGGCUGCGCCCUUCAGAGCUGUGGCUGAACCGGGAAUACAGCUAAAGGUGGUAAAGUCCAAGACAGGUCCAGGUGAGUAUUUGAGGAACUCACUGUGGCACACGGGGGACACUACUGACCAGGUCCGGCUGCUGUGGAAAGACCCCAGGAACGUGGGCUGGAAGGACAAGGUUUCCUACCGCUGGUUCCUGCAGCACCGUCCACAGGUUGGAUACAUCAGGGCUCGGUUCUUUGAGGGUUCAGACCUAGUCGCAGACACAGGAGUCAUCAUUGACACGAGCAUGAGAGGAGGCAGACUGGGAGUGUUUUGUUUCUCUCAGGAAAACAUCAUCUGGUCUGAUCUGAAGUAUCGCUGCAACGACACAAUUCCUGCGGAUUACCAGGAUCUCUAUGGACAAAAUGCACAGUGAGGUCACCACAAUUUGAGACAAAGUGAAGGCUGUCUCACUUCUGUCAAAGAGCAGUAUUUUGGUAUUUCUUGUAUUACUUUAUGCUCAGGUUAACUAUGUACCAGCAGCUUUAUUUCUUUCCUUUUGAAACAAAUCUCAAGUUUUACAUUCAUGCAGAAUAUUAAAAAUACAUUGUGUUCAAUAAAUGCUCAUCCAUAUUUUCUAAAA